AUGCUUCACGUCAACCACCUCGAGCGUUAUGCUGAGAUGUGCGCCGAGCUUGAGGCAGAGGCCCCGCAGCCUCGCUCCAAGCUGCUUUACCCCCGGCCCGGCGAGAGCACCAAGGACAACAAGUGUCCUCACUGCGACAAGGAUCUCAAGGGCAAGAUCCACGACCUCCACACGUGCCUGAGAGAGACGCUUGCCGCCAAGCAUUGGGCGGCCUACUCCGUCCUUGUCGGCACGGGGACUGUGUGUCCUGGUGCGACCUGCAAGGGUGUGCACGCGACGGCCGCGGCGUUCGCGGAACACAUCGGCGCCCACCACGCCGAUGUCUGGAACCGCGACGGCCACUCGUGCACGAUCGCCCAGGACGGCCAGCAGUGCGGGGCUACCUUUAGCUCUCGCGCGCACGCCAUCUCCCACCUGGAGGAAGCGCACGGCUUCGUCGCGAAGAAGACCUAUGUCAAGGUCACGCUCGAGUACACCUUCCAUUGCGAUCUCGAUCAUCGCUGGAUUUUUGGCCGUAAGAGGUGCGCCGACCACGCGCGAGCGCAUGAGCUUGCUCGCACCGUCCUUCCUUUCGGCGGUGCCACCAUCCCGCGUGGCAAAGAUCCUUCCUUCCACGUGCUCUGCCCCUUCUGUUUUGGAGACGAGGGGUUGACCACGGUCGAGCGCUGGAAAGGGUGGCCUUGCAAGCGGCACGGCGCCCACGUGGCCGAUGAGCAUGUUCGUUCUCUCGACCCGGGAUCCAAGACUAAGUGCCCCGUUGCCGAGUGCCCUGCGACCAAGCUGUUCAGCCAAGUGCAGCUCGCCAACCACCUGGUCGACGACCACGACGUGCAUCUUCUCAAAAACCAGAGCCAGUCGACUAAGACCAUCGUCGCCAAGCAUGAUCUGAGCAAUCUGCUCUCACGCAAGUCCGGCAGUAGCGCGUCUUCGACAAGCAAAGCUCCGUCAUCGUCUCGCUCGCGCUCAACUGUUAGCUACGCCUCCUCAGGACCCCAAACCACAUCAGCCUCCGCUUCCACUUCCACUUCCGCUUCUGCAUCGCGGUGCCACGAUCCCGCACGACAAAGACCCAUCCUUCCACCUCCUGUGCCCGUAUUGUCUCGCGGACGAUACGUUGACCCCGGUCGUUUAACGCUGGAAGUGGUGGCCGCGCAAGCGGCACGGUGCUCACGUCGCUGA